AGGCGGGAAGGCGGAAGUGUGAUUUGCUUGCUUGCGGCUGUGUGCUGACGGUGGCGGUCGGCGGUAACCUCUUCCACCUCCUGUUGCUUGCCUUCCUCAUCGCCUCUCGUUCGUUCAAUGACGCCGAGCUUCGCCGCACUUUCCACGGGCAUCGUCGAACGAGCUUCGCGCCGUUGAUGCGGUUCUCCGGGAAACAACAGCACGUUCCUCGGCAACACGUUUGAAGGCUGCACUCGGACCAGUGUGCAUCAUGUGGAGGAAGGCGUCGGUGGCGGCCCUCCUGGCCCUGGCGGUCGGCUACCUUUACCACGGCUGCCCCGAGCUACCCGAGCAGCUCCUCCAGUACAUCAGCCCGGAUGGCCUCCGGUCGUCCCCGCAGAGCCAGUGCCACCUGGAGCAGGUCAUUUCCGACGCUUGGGACUCGCUGAUCACGUUGCCCACACGGCAGUGGAGCAGAGUGGCCGUUGGGGUGAAUGCCUGCGUGGACGUGGUGGUGUCGGGGGUGGGUCUGCUGCAGGCACUGGCCCUGGACCCCGGGAGCGGCCGUGAUCACGAGGUGCUGCGCUCCAAAGAGGACCUGAGGGAGACUUUCGUCCACUACAUGGAGCGCGGGGCGGCCGCUGAGCGCUUCUUCAGCGACAAGGAGGUCUUCCAAAGGAUCGCCCGGGCCGCCGCCGAGUAUCCCGGUGCCAAGUUGUAUGUCGGAGGCAACGCAGCCCUCAUUGGUCAGAAGCUCGCCACAUAUCCUGAGCUUAUGGUUUUGUUAUGUGGCCCAGUGGGACCUAAACUCCAUGAGAUGCUAGAUGAGCAAAUCGUUGUUCCACCAGGCUCCUUGCAGGAGAUGGACGAAUACCACCUCAUCCUGGAGUACAAAGCAGGCGAGCAGUGGGGUUCAACGCGGGCGCCUCAAGCCAACCGCUUCAUCUUUUCGCACGACGUGUCCAACGGGGUGAUGAGUUUGCUGGAGACGUUCGUGGCCAGCCUGGACGAGUUCCAGCCCGACUUGGUGGUCCUGUCUGGGCUGCACAUGAUGGAGGGCCAAGGCCGGCAGCUCUGGGAGGAGCGGCUCAAAGAGGCGGUGGCAGCCAUCUCCGAUAUUCGUAAGGACAUCCCCAUCCACUUGGAGCUGGCGAGCAUGACGGACAGAGACUACAUGAACAGCAUCAUGCAGGAGCAGGUCAUGCCCAUCGUAAGCUCCAUCGGGCUGAACGAGCAGGAACUGCUGUUCCUCUCGCAGGCGGGCGGCGGACCCCACGCUCACCUGGCCGCGUGGAAGGGCGUCCCCGACGUGGGGCAGGUCAGCGACAUCCUCCUGUGGAUCCUGGAGCACCACGGCCGCGCCGACCCCUCGUCGGAGGCCGACCUGACCCGCGUCCACUUCCACACGCUGGCCUACCACGUGCUGGCCACGGUGGACGGCCACUGGGCCAACCAGGGGGCGGCGGUGAUGGCGGGGGCCCGCGUGGCCAGCAGCCAGGCCUGCGGAACCCGCGCCGUCGACCCUACCAAGGUGGAGCUGAAGGUGCCGCUCCGCUUUCACACUUCGGACUCUGAGCCGCGGGUGGAGCUCACCCUCGACCCGGCGGCUCCGUUGACGGCGUGGCGCCGGGGAAACGUCACUUUCCACAUGACGCCGGUGCUGGUGUGCAAGCAGCCGCUUCGGACGGUCGGGCUCGGCGACGCCAUCUCGGCAGAGGGGCUGGUUUACUCGGAGUUCAAGAGCCAGCCGGGCUUCUGAGCGCGCGGGUGCUGCGGCGUCUUCUUCUCGACACUUUGGAAAAUCCUGCCUGUGGACACGUCACCUGCCUCUGCCGUCGUCCAUGGUCGGAUUCUAUGCACGGGGAAAGGGGGGGUGGUGGGGUCACCCUGUCCUCUUUUAAUUUGAAGGGACUCGCAGAAUUCAACUUCCAAUAUCUCUCAGCAUGGUGUGCCUUGGGUUGCAAAAGUUUGGGAAAUUUCCACUAACUGAAGGUGAGAACAUCCCUCAUAUUUGCGGUUCUGCCUUUGUGAAUUUGUCUUUUAUAGUGAUUGAUUUGGCGCCAGAGACCAGUCCCUCCCCCAGCCCUCCCUUACUCACUGGCUGAGUAUCGGGGCACUGGCCGGGAUUCGAACCCACGCUGUUUGUGGCCGCCUUAUUGCUUUUACCUUCCGGUGCCAUUUUUAUCCAUGCAAAGCUCUCCUUUGCUACAAGCAAGGGCGUUGAUUUUUUAUUUUUUAUUUUUAUUUUUUUUUGUACCGUGUAUCCGCAGCGUGUUCGUAACUGCAAGUUUGGCUCGCAGCACAAAACAGGAAUCAAUUAUAACUUGAAUUUGUAAGUCAAGAUAGUUGCAUGAAAUCUGGUUGUUUUAUUAUUUUUUUUAACGCUAAAAUGUUUUCUUUCAACUAUGUUUUAAGUUUUCUAUAACGGGGCAACCUUCAUUGUCAUCACUUUCUGGUUCAUUCCCAUGGAAAGUUUCCAACGUUGAAAAUUCCCACACUUUUGCAACCAUUGGCGUUGCCUUGAAAUGAGUCACACAUAUUCAUAUUUCUGGCACAAAUGAGGACCCCAAGACUGUGUCCCCACAUACUCAAAUGUUUUUCUUUGUGUGUAAAAUAUGUCCUGACAAGAAAGGGGAACAAUUAGCAGUAACCGUUCUCAUCGUUCCCCUGCCCAGGCUACAAACUCUCAUUAGAUGUCUGUAAGUGGUCCCUGCCAGAGUUGUUCUGCCUGCAAAUGACUCGGAGAACUUUCGGCGGAUGUUCUCCGCCUUCGUGCCCCGCCUUAUUCGUCUCCCUCAUUCGCUGUAAUGACGUCACGCAUUGUGACCUUCCAUGUCCCAAAAAUGUUAAUAAAUGGCUCCGAUCAAAAGGGAAAUCCCAACAUAUU